AUGAGUGCCCUGCGGCUCACGGGCUGUGCGUUUCCAGUGCCGGGCCCGCAGGGGACCGUCAACCUUGGCACCUUCGUGUCAUCUUUCACAGUGCUGCCGUCAGCCCCUCCCGUCCUCGGCCCGCCACACUGGGCCCCCUGGCAGCAGCACCCACCGAACGUCCUGGGCCCAGUGUUGCCCCCAGGAAGCACCCUGGUGCUGCCGACUCUUCCCAGCACGCCGUUGGUGGCAGCACAGGCCAGCUGUGGCCCAGGCUGGCCCGGGGCCUGCAACGUCACUGUGCACUUCCUGGCGGCCUCGGGAGUGAAGACCAUCCUGCCCGCCCCUCCUGCCUGGAGCACCCAGGCUAGCGAUGAAGGCUGGUCCCUGCACCGUCCACCUCGAGCUGCAGUGCCAGCUGCCCAGCUGGCCUCUGGCGGGCUCCCAGCAUUGGCCAGUCCUCGUCCACCUGGGGCCGCUAGGAACAGCGGCCCGGCCUGCUCGCAGCCCACCGCCUCGCCCGGGAACGCCUGCCACCGCACCAGCGUGAACGAAAAGUUCCGGCGCUGGCAGCACUGCAAGCCCCUGGCCCGCAGGCACCUGCCCCAGAGUCCCGAUGCGGAGGCACUGUCCUGCUUCCUCAUCCCAGUGCUUCGGACCCUGGCCCGCCGGAACCCCACCAUGACCCGGGAGGAGGUCCUGCAGCGGGGCGUGCAGAAGUGGCAUUGUCUAAGCAAGUCAGAGCGCAGCAUCUACUAUGUGAUGGCGGGAAGGUUCAUGGAGUUCGAGGCCGAGGAGGCGAGGCAAUGUCAGAACGCACAGUGGAUGAAGGCGGCGCAGGGCGUGCCUCAUCCAGCACCCCUCAGGCCUGUUCCUCGGGCGCCCUCAGCCCCAGAGCGGGGCCAGAAGCGAGCUGGCCAUGACCCCCCACGGGAAUGUCCCCGAGCUCCGUCCUCCCUGAGCACGCUCAGUGCUGGGAAGGUGCGGCCAGCCUACCCACACUCCUUCCCUGCACCCUCCUCAGCACGCAUCCGCGAGAAGGCCAGCGCCGGGGCCCAGUCCGCCAACGCCCAGCCACCGCGAUGCCGGCAGAGCCCGCACACCGAGGCGCCGACGGAGAUCCCCCUCGAGGCCGUGGCAGAGGGCCUGGAGAUCAUGGAGGGGCUGCUGGGGCCCAGCGGCCCAACUCAGGGGCUGCCCGGUGAAGAACGUGGGGAGGAUAGCUCCAAGCCGCCACAGGGAGAGGAGGGCGUCUAUCCAGACCCGGGUCUCCUGACCUACAUCAAUGAGCUUUGUGCCCAGGGAGACUUUCUCAACAAGGCGGACGCAGUUCUGCACCCACGCUUCCUGGCGGAGUUGCCCUGCCCGGAAGCCCAGCUGGAUCUCUUGGCCCUCGCUGAGGAGCUGGAGCAGGAGGAAGGACUGUCUUUGGCACAGCUGGAGCAGAAGCGACUCCUGGAACUGAAGCAGGAGGAGGGUGUGCAGGCCCCCGCGAGUCACGGCACACCCCGACUGGACUCAAGGCCUUCUGGGUCUGAGGCCGGCCAGGAUCCCCAGAGGCACGGCCACGGCCCCCAGCUAGGGGCCAGCGACCAAGCCUGCCCACCAGAGUCUGGUUGCGGGCAGCGCCAGGCGCACAGCCGAGGAGACGCUGGCGUGUGGAGGCCCGAAGCCUUCGCUGCCUCUCCAGGACGCCAGGAGCCCCCUCCCCUGAAGGCUGGCUGGCGGCCCCAUGCCCCCCAGGCUCGGUGCCGCACUUCGCCCAGCCUGGGGCCCAGGCUCGCCACUGCUCCGGGAGAGACCUGUCCUGCUCGGGAGCCCCUGGGGCCCACGGGCAGGCCCAGUGAGGGCGAGGAGGAGCUCCCCAGCCUGGCCUUCCUCCUGGCAUCUCAGCACACACUGCCAUCCUGGGGACUGCCCCAGAGUCCUACUCCAGGCUCAGACCUCCUCCGCCCUGGAGUACCCCAGGCCCGCUCUCCCCAGAAGCCGGGCCUCAGCCCCGCUGGCCCUCCAGCUGGCAAGGCCAGCAGUCGGGCCCCGUGUGCAGGCCCAGCCCCUGCUGGGAAGACACCCCUGCCAGGGGCCAGCCUCGGGGUCGCUGGGGGACCAGCCUUGGCUCUGGGGCUGGGCUGCCCCUCACAGCCCCGGAAGAGAAGGGGGGACCCUUUCGGCACAGGGAAGGGUAGGAAGCGGCCCUGCAGCCAGUAG